UGUCAAAGCUUUUCCUUAUCAGGAACAUAGAGGGACGUAGCUCAGAGAACCUGCUGUAAUUGAGCUGUGCCCAUAAUGGCACUAAAUAUAGCAGGGACCCUUCUCCUGGCUACUGGGGUCACUAUCCUGAUUUACAUUGUUAAAUGGUGGAAUAAGAUAUCGCAGAAGAACCUGCCCCCGGGGCCAACGCCUCUGCCCCUGCUGGGGAAUAUCAUGCAGAUCAGCACCACAGAAUUUCCACAGUCUUUGGUUAAGCUGAGUGAGAAGUACGGACCUGUGUACACCGUCUACAUCUCCAACAAUCCUGUAGUCAUGCUGACUGGCUACGAUGCUGUGAAGGAGGCGCUUGUUGAUUGCAGUGAUGCGUUUAGUGACAGAGGGGAAUUGGAAUCCGCAAAUCUGUUCUUUAAGCCUUACGGGGUCAUCAUGAGCAAUGGGGAAAGGUGGAAGACAAUGCGUCGCUUCUCUCUCAUGACUAUGAGGAAUUUUGGAAUGGGAAAGAGAAGCAUUGAGGAGAGGAUCCAGGAGGAGGCUCGAUGUCUUGGGGAAACAUUUAUGAAGAACAAAGGCACCCCAUUUGACCCAGAAUAUCUGCUGAGACAGGCUGCAUCCAAUAUUAUUUGCUCCAUUGUAUUUGGUGAGAGAUUUGACUAUGAGGACAAGAAAUUCAUAACCCUCCUGUCGUACAUUAUGGAUUUUAUCCAGCUAGUUAACACUGCCUCGGGUCAGCUUCUUAAUAUCUUCCCAACCUUGAUGACAUAUGUUCCUGGCCCUCACCAGAAACUUGUCCCAACUUUCCAAAAACUGAAGGACUUUGUAAAAGACACGAUGAGGACUCACAAAAACACACUGGAUAUGGACUGCCCACGAGACUACAUAGACUGUUUCCUCAUAAGGAUGGAAGAGGAAAAAAAUAACCCAAACACAGAAUUUCAUGAUGAGAAUUUGCUGUCGGCAGUAACUGACCUGUUUUUUGCUGGGACAGAAACUACAAGUUUAACAUUGAGAUAUGGAUUCCUGAUUCUGCUUAAAUACCCUGAGAUACAAGAGAAGAUCCAUGAGGAAAUAGACAAUGUAAUAGGCAGAGAUCGCUGCCCAUCAGUGGAGGACAGGAGUAAGAUGCCGUACACAGACGCUGUUAUACAUGAGAUCCAGAGAUUUGGUGAUAUCGUUCCUACCGGAGUGGCUCAUGCAACCAGUAAAGACACAAUCUUCAGGGGACAUCAUUUACCAAAGGGUACCUUGGUGUUUCCAAUCCUGACCUCCGUCCUGAAAGACCCCAAACAGUUCAAGAACCCAACAAAAUUUGAUCCUGGGCACUUUCUUGAUGAGAAUGGUGGCUUUAAGAAGAGUGAUGCAUUCAUGCCAUUUUCUGCAGGGAAACGCAUGUGUAUGGGGGAGGGUCUGGCUCGGAUGGAACUCUUCCUCUUCCUCACCACUAUACUGCAAAGGUUUACACUGAAGACUACAUUGGACAACAACAACAUAAAUAUAACACCAGAACCAAAGACCAAUGGUUCUCGACCUAUGCCCUAUAAGAUGUCUGUGGUCCCUCGCUGAUCAAGUACUUAAUGUAUGUUAGAUCCAUUGACACAACACAACUGCCUUGCUAUGCCUCUCUGGUGAAGCUCUUAUUUCAAUAACAAAAUGUAUUUCCAGUUCCCAUUUUCAUGAGCACAUAUCACCUUAAAAAUGGAAUAACUUGAAAAAUAAAAAUACACAACACAAUAAAA